AUGUCUUACUCUCCGGUCUCCCACAGGACCGUCAUAUUGGCCCUAAGACGGCUCGUUUCGGACCUUGUGCAGAACCUCUCUGCCCUGCGUGCCUCCAUGCUUGGUUCUCUCUCUUCCCCUCCAGGCACGACCAGUAAAUCACUUGGCUAUAUCUGUGUCCGCGUCCGCUCCCUAGCAUGUAUUUUCCUCGUGGCGACGGAGCACGCGAUCCCCUUAACUAGAGCUUGCCUCCAGGUCAUGACCGAAGGCACUAUUAUAGGUCCUCGUGGGCUUCUGACAGACACCAAUUCUCCCGCCGUCUCCCCACAGACCUCGCUCUUGAGCUUUCUCAGUAACGCGCCUUUCGGCACGACACAACUGCCCCUGGAUCUGAUAUUCGAUUUGCUGGUCCACCUCAGCGAGGGCGUCUAUGCGCAGCCUCUUCGCCAACACCGAGCGUCGCCGCGUCCGAUCGAGUGUCUGGAUGCCGGGUCUUGUCCUGCACGUUUGGACCUGUUGGAGAAUCUCACAAUAUUCGGCUGUGGGCCGAACCAGGUCGCCGCUCGAGAGCAGCUCGUCAUAUAUACAGGACGCAUCCCGACCUCUGGUCUCAGGGGUCCCUCGUGUGUACACGACCUUGACCUUUGCGUGCCUACUGCUGCCACAUUCCAAGAUACAGCGCAGUCCUGGCGCCAUUCAGAAGUCGACAUAGACCGUUCCAUCACCAAGAAAGCCACAGGAACGAUGUCUCUCAAUGGGACGGAAGCCGCGCAGCUCAUUGCGCAAUGGAAGGACCAGAUUGUGCCGCGUUCCUUCAACGCGGGCUUCGUGACGUUGAGCUACGUGGUGAGUUUGAUUGGGGCGGCAUCGACACUGGAGUUGAUCAACCGGAGGACAGCUCCAAAGGGUAGAAUAAAUCACUUGUUGCUGAUCAGUGCGGCCAUCACAAUGGGUGGCAUCGCCAUCUGGUGCAUGCACUUUAUCGGCAAUCGAGCUAUCCAGAUGGCAGGCGGGGAGCCAUCACUUCAGAUUGCAUAUUCUAGUGGUUUCACGGCCUUUUCAUUCUUCAUGCCCAUUCUUGUCCUCGUCGCCGCCUUCGUGGCCAUCGGAACCAACGACAAGGUCUCCUGGUGGCGAGUCGCCAUCGGGGGUACGCUCGCUGGCGCUGCCAUCUGCGGUAUGCAUUAUCUCGGGAAUGCCUCCAUCAACAACUACGUUUGUAUCUACAAUAUUGCCAACGUCGUAGGUGCGGCCUUGAUUGCUGUGGCUGCUAGUAUCAUCGCCCUGUCUCUUUUCUUCGUCUUUCGGGCUGGGUGGACCAACUCGUGGUGGAAGAGAAUCAUUUCGGCUGUGCUGUUGGCUGGUGCUGUCUCGGGCAUGCACUGGUGUGCCUCGACAGGUACAUCGUACAAGUUGAUUGCGCUCGCCGGGGACAACAACCAGCUUUCAAGGAACGAAACCGUCAUCGUCGUUAUUUGUCUGUCUGUGGGUGCCUGUCUUGUCAUGGCAACCUUUGCCGUGUACACCGCCCGUAUAAUGUCGCGGUAUGCCAGCAAGGCACAACAGGUCGUGCUGGCAGCAGCCGUCUUCGACAAGCACGGGCGUGUGCUUGUAAGCCCAGACGGGUUGCUUCCCAGUGAAAAGAUCACAGACUCUUUCCUGGAAAAGACGCCACAGGACUCGUUCACCGUGGCCCACCCACUGUUCCAAUGGAUGUUCCAGGCCUCAAGGAACUGGUCCAGCAUCACCAGCAUCAUCAAUGGUAUUUCGAACCACCUGUCUCACCUUCCACACAAUGGGCGCGACAAUUCUAGGGGAGGCAUCAAGCUCAUCACAGACCAUGGCGAGCUCAUCGAGAACUACGACGUCAUCUUCCGCGAAUUGUUUUGCGCGGCCGCCGCAGGGCUGGCAGACAAGAUGAAGACACAGCUGACCAACGUCGGGAUCUUGUGGGACGAAAUUCUCCCGACUGGUGCGGGCGGCCGGGCUCAAGCACAAGCCCGCCAGAACCAAUAUGGCCCCGAGCACGCGGCCGGCGUCGACGGCCAGGCGCAACGUAGUGUGGACGGCAUGAAUGGCGCGAGCCUCGAAGACCUCGCCGAGAAGGGUGUGUUCCGCCAGCCGUACCAGGAGUUUGGCCGUGGUAGUCUCAUGUUCCUGGUCCGCCGUGUCGAGAACACACGGGAUAUGGAGAGCCUGGCAGCAGCGGGCUACCGCUUUGCCGAGCUGCACCAGGUUAGCGGGAUUAUCGGGUCGACAAUGCAGAUCAAGACGCGAAGCAUCGAGAACAAGCUGCGGACCAUGUCGGCGUUUGCCGAGAACAAUGCGAUGCUGGAGCCGGGCGUGCACGUGGGCUUCUUUGGGGUGCAGGCGCGGGUGAACAACGCGUACGGCUUCGACGUACUGGCCCGGCGUAACGCGCGCAACCUGCUGCCAUCGGUACAGAUGCCACUGGCGCGCCUGGACGCGUGGCAGAUGAACUUCCUCCGGCAGUUUGAGCGGAUGACGCCGCACCAUAUUGCCAGGCGGCUGGCGGGGCUGAAGAACAUCUCGCACAAGGAGAUGAUGUUCGCGUCGCAGCUGACAGACAGCAUCGAAUCGCUCCGCGGGUGGGUCGAGGACAGCAUCUUCGACGAGGCGGUGCUGUGUUCCAAGACGGUGGAGGUGCCGUGCCGGCCGGUGUCGCCGGGCUCGUCGCCGGGUACCUGCACGGUGAUCUCAUUCAGGAUCGUGGUGCCGAUCCACCUGAACGUGGAGAGCCCCAAGUGCGAGUUCGUGCCGCUCAACAUGUUCAAGGUGCACCAGCUUGUUUACAAGGACUCGCCGAACCACCUCGCGUUCACGCGGUCGGUGCACCGCGAGCUGGCGCCCAUCAUCAACGCGGUGCCGGCGGCAGCGGCGAGGGCAGGCAAAACGGCGGGGGCGGCGACGUCGCACUCCCGGCGGGCGUCGCUGCGAGACGCGCGGAUGGCGAGUCGGCUGUUCAGGAGCGGGCGGCCGCAGACGUCGGGCAGCGAGCGGGGCGGGGCGGUGGACGGGGACGGUGUACCGAUCCCGACAACACUGCACCGGGCGUCGUCGUGGGGGGCCGAUUCGGGCAAGUCGAGCUCGACGCUCAAGCUGUGGCACGGCAGGCACAGCAAUGGUGGCGAGACCAGCCCCGGCGUGGGCUCGGUGGAAUCCACGUCGGAGGGGGUGCUGCACGGGCUGGCGCCGCCGGCGUACGCGAUGGAGGAGCUGCACUCGCCGAUGUCAUCCCCGCCGCCACCGCACACACCUGGUCCGCAGCCAUCGCCGUCACCGGCGCCACACACGAUGUCGGGCCCGCCGGCGCAAGCAUCAUCGUUUGGCGGGAUCAUGGUGUCGCAGGAGAUCACGGUCAACGUGCAGCGGGCUGGGGAGGUGAACGAGAGCUCGGGGGCCAGCCAGUACAGCGGACAUGGGCGCCAGUCGUUCUCUCGGGCGGGCUCGUCGCUGCUCCGGAGAAGGGCGAGCGAGACGGGCGGGCACGGCGACCUGGGGGCGAGCGUGAGCGUGGGGGCGGGGGCUGGCGGACCCAUGGGUAUGGGCAUGGGCAUGGCUGGGGCGGGGCCCGGGGCCGGAGCCGGUGCUGGUGCAGAGACGAGGGGCGGCCGUGGCAUCGAGAUGAGGCCGCUGGGGGCGCAUGGCAACGACCGGUCGAGCGUGCACAUCGGAUCUGGCGUGCAGGUAUCCAACGUGGAGGCGGAGAAGCUGACGGAGGCACCGACGUUUGUGGACGAGCUGUUUGGGUUCUGCGUGGAGGGGAGGUAG